AUGGGGGGAAUUAUUAUGAUGGGACAGAGUACUGCUCCCCGAGACGCUUCUCUCGUUAUGCUCAUUCAGUUGGGCCCUUCAGUCGAGCCCUUCAGUCGAGCCCUUCAGUCGGACCCUUCAGUCGGACCCUUCAGUCGAGCCCUUCAGUCGGACCCUUCAGUCAGACCCUUCAGUCGGACCCUUCAGUCAGACCCUUCAGUCAGACCCUUCAGUCGGACCCUUCAGUCGAGCCCUUCAGUCGGACUCUUCAGUCAGACCCUUCAGUCGGACCCUUCAGUCGGACCCUUCAGGGGAGCCCUUCAGUCAGACCCUUCAGUCGGACCCUUCAGUCGGACCCUUCAGUCAGACCCUUCAGUCAGACCCUUCAGUCAGACCCUUCAGUCGGACCCUUCAGUCAGACCCUUCAGUCAGACCCUUCAGUCAGACCCUUCAGUCGGACCCUUCAGUCAGACCCUUCAGUCAGACCCUUCAGUCGGACCCUUCAGUCGGACCCUUCAGUCGGACCCUUCAGUCGGACCCUUCAGGGGAGCCCUUCAGUCAGACCCUUCAGUCGGACCCUUCAGUCGGACCCUUCAGUCAGACCCUUCAGUCAGACCCUUCAGUCAGACCCUUCAGUCGGACCCUUCAGUCAGACCCUUCAGUCAGACCCUUCAGUCGGACCCUUCAGUCGGACCCUUCAGUCGGACCCUUCAGUCGGACCCUUCAGUCGGACCCUUCAGUCGGACCCUUCAGUCGGACCCUUCAGUCGGACCCUUCAGUCGGACCCUUCAGUCGGACCCUUCAGUCGGACCCUUCAGUCGGACCCUUCAGUCGGACCCUUCAGUCGAGCCCUUCAGUCGGAGCCUUUUGGUGGGACCUAGGCAAGCCAGUCCCACGUCCAUGCUUGUUAUCUAUCUCCAGUAUCACGUGAUUUGA